AUGGAUGUAGAUCUUUCGGAACUUGAUGAUUGGUUAGGUACCUUGGAAGAAUUACAGCUGGGACUGGAGAAAACCGCAAUUUCUAACACUAAUAAUAACAAUAAUAGUAAUAUUAAUAAUGAGAACUAUGAUUCUACUAAAACCUCCAACUUGCCACCUCCGCGUGUAAAUAAUGCUAGUCCCAUAUGUUUGAAUAAACCACCAAGUCCACGUCUUCCAACCAACUUGUCCUCAUCUCCUCAUUCACACACAUUACACACACAGUCAUCAACUUAUUAUUGGACAGGAAAUCCUACUGGUCCAACAUUCUCUUCUUCCAAUCAAAUUUCAAAUAUCUCUCAAGGAUCAGCUUAUCCGCAUUCGCCAUCAUCAUCAACGUCACCACUAACGACGACGUCAACAACAACAACCUCAACGCUGAUAAAUAAUGGUAGCAACAGUAUCAAUCCUACAAAUCCGUCAUAUGCUGCAAAACCUCCUGGAUAUAAUUCCGUGUCAUCAACACGUUUAUUGAAUAGAACAACAGAUAUUCCUGUGACUGAAAAUGGGAGCAGAGGAAAUGUUUGUGUUAAAAAGACUAUCUCACAGAAACCGUCAAAUCAUGUGUCUUUCAACUUACAUAAUCCACAAGAAGCUACUGCUGAACAUGAUUUGAGUAGUCUGCUUAGAGAACUUGAAGUCGUCGAAGAGAAAAUGAAAGAACUUGAACAAGAAAAUAAUCAAUUCACUCGACGUUACAGUCUUGCAUCCUCUUCCAAUGGAAAGCGUCAAAAUCAAACUUCAUCUGACCAAUCGCAUACUGAGAAUGCACAGAGUUCUUCAGCUGUCAAUAAUAAUAAUAAUGAUAUUAACGAUCAACCAGUUGUCUCCUUACCAGUCCCCGUUAGAAAAGGUAGCUUAGUAAACAAAAGCAAUGGAUUUAUUUGUGCAGAAUGGGCGGCUAAAUUAAAUCAUGAUGAUUAUGAUAAUCAUUAUAAUAAUACUAAUAAUAAUGAUAGUAGUAGUAGUAGUAUAAGCAGAAGUCGGAGUAGAUUUGCUAAACAAGAGAACACUUCACCGUCACCCUCACCACCUCCCCCACCGCCAGCAUUUCUUGGUGCUGGUGAUGCAUGUGCAAGUCCAACUAACACAUUACCAUCGCCUUCACAUUCAUCACAUCCACAGAUACUACAACAAUCACAAGAACAAGAACAAAAAUCCCAUCAAGGUCAUCAUCAUCAUCAUCAUCACCAACUCAAUGAAACUUCAUGGUCUAUAUCAAAUUCGAAUAAUUAUUCUACAGGUGGAAUGAAGUCACAGGCGUCAAAUUCGCAUGAUGUUGUCAAUUCAGAUUACAAGUUACGACAACCACAACAACAACAACAACACCACCAAGUAAACCAAGUACACGGGACAUCUCCAACUCCUGGUUACAAUUCACAAUCAUAUCAAAUUGUGGAUAAUCAAAAACAACUUAUUAAUGAAUUGAGAGGAUUCUAUAGGAAUUCAAGUACAAGAGCACCGUCAGAGUUAACUGUCCAAUCUGGUAUGGAGAAGUACAAGAAUUUUCCCAACUCCUCCUCAAGCCCAUCACCGCCAUUUAAUAAUUACCAACAAAAUUCGACGACAAACAACAGGUUAAUACCACUGACAACGGAUCAAUUUGAAAUGGAAAAAUCCAUUAAAAUCAAUAAUAAUAAUAAUACUGAUAAUAAUGUUAAUAAUAAUCAUACCUAUGCUAGUUCAAAAAGUUCUGAUGGUUAUCGUUCGUGUGGAUCAUUAACAACUUAUCAAGGAUCAACUAGUCACUAUGAUCAAGGAAGAAUGAUAAUGAUUGGUGGUAGUCAACAAGAUUAUUGUGAUGAUAACAAUGAUAAUAAUAAUAAUAAUAACAAUAUUGAUGCAAUUGUCCGAGGUGGUGGUGGUGUUGGCGGUUGUGGUAGUGGUGGUAAUCCGGGGAGUUGGACACCACCAGAUCAUGCUUAUCUUCGACGCGAAUGUCAUAAAACAAAUUCAUCAUUAGUAGUUACAACAAGAGGUGGAAGUGGUAGUGAUGGUCUGUCGAAUUCAAUGAGUCCUGAAAGCUCCUUAUCGGAUAAAUCAGGAUCAGAAGCUAAUGAACUCAGUCGUCUUCAAAUGUCAGACAGUUCAGAGAAUAAUCAAAGAAAUAAACUGGUUGUGCGCGUUUUUCGUCCGGAUAAAACAACUAAAGCCAUUCUAAUUGAUCAUCAUAUGACUGCUGGUGAAGUCGCCAGUAUGAUGAUUGAGAAAAACUUUUUACAACCUUCAAUACACUUAGCCCUGGUAGAAAAAGUUCCAGCUUUAAAAAUUGAACGAGUUUUUGAAGAACAUGAUCUCUUAUCCGAUUGUAUUUUGGCUUGGCCGACAAAAAGUCAAAAUAUGAUCUUUUUUGAAGAACGACCUGAUCACUUUGGUCUUGUUGAAUCACCUGAUUAUUGGAUUGGUGAAGAUAACAAUAAACAAGGCUUCCGUACUGCUGAAGCUAUUCAGACAAUGUUAAAUGAUAUUGAUAGCCAUGGUUUUCCUGAAUGGCGUGAUUACUUGUUUAUACGUAAACCUGGUGAUAAAUCAUGGUCUCGACGACUUUGUAUUCUAAGAAGUUCUGGACUGUAUACAUCAAAUAAGAAUAAGAAAAAUCUUUCGUCGACAGAUCUCAUUCGUAUUUUGGUUUUGGAUGGACCAUUGAAAUUGUAUACAACUACAGGUGGUUGGACACGUAUGCGUGCACCUACACCGCAUGGGUUUGCCUUUAAGCCUUAUUCCGCACAAGAUCCUGCUUCAACGCAUGUAUUUUGCUUCUGUGCUACAGAUGAGAAAGCUCUACGUCAUUGGAUAUGUCGGUUACGUAUAGCUAAGUAUGGACGACAACUGCUGACUGAUUAUCACAUGGCCAUCAGUCGAGUUCAUCAACUUAUAAGUCUUCAAACUCAAUUAUCCCAUCAUCAUCAUCAUCCUGAUCGUUCAAAUCAUCCCAUGUUAAAUAUGAAUCUACAAUCCAAAUCAUCUUGUGAUUAUCUUUCACAAUCUUCAUCAUCUAUCCAUACUGCUCAACAACAGCAUCCGCCUCCUCAUCCGUCUCGUCCUCCUGCUGCUGCUGCUUCAGUAGCUGUUUUGCCUACAGGAAGUUCUACAAGUCUUCUAGUCUCUAGUUCAUCACCAUCUGUCUUUCCAUCACAAGAUGAUCAUCCUUAUUCAGAUCAAUAUCGAUACCAGAGGAAACCAGAUCAAUAUUAUCAAUAUUCUGCAUCUAGUAGACAAUCAUUAAGUCCAAAUAUUCAAUCCUCACAUCCUAUACGUCCUGUAUCCCCACUAAUGGGUAUUCGUGCAAGAAUGUCGAAUAAUCCUGUGGAUCAUCAGUCUUAUAAUAUAAUAAAUCAUAAUCCUGCCUCAGAACAAUUAGGCAGACAGAACAGAUUCCCUGUAAACAGUACACAUCAUCCUAUGGAAAGAUAUAAAUAG